AUGCCGAUUAAGAGAUACGGCGUGUGGAAGGCAAAACCUGUGUACUAUGAGGUUGAAGAUGCAUUCACGGACGAUAUCAGCCCUCACUUAUCCCUCUAUUUCGACGAUAAAGGUGGUGAUCAUUCUGGAAGGGAGUUUCGUUCAACCGGCGGGCGCAAAGAGAUUCGUGGUCUUUUCAGAGCUGCAAUCAACACCAAGUCUGUAGGCAACGACUCUCGACUUGCCUACUGGGUGAAUCACAACGUCAACAAUCAUCCCAUCAUCGAUGGUCUCAACGUUCUACCUUCGGGCUUUGAGCCUCUAGAGCAACCACAGCGGGGAUACAAUGAACUAGGAUUGGAUUACAUCCGAAGCAAUCUAUUCAAUGUCAACAGCGGUCGGAUCUUGUUCCAUGAUCAUCAAGGCCCCAAUAACGAUAUGAUUGAUGUUUUGGAACCUGAGAUCAAACAAGCGAUUGAUCAGAAGGCGGACGUCUACAUUUUUGGGGCACAGUUUGAGGACCGGAAAGGCAUUCACGAUGUGCACAUGAAUCAAGGCAACAUUGGGCGGUUUCAGCGUGACGACGGUAUCUUCCAAGACGGUGGUCUUUUGAUCAAUUAUCCAAGAUCUGGUAAAUGGGUGGGAAUAUUCAUCGGGUUCGCUUCGCAAUCUGCGCACACAGACGAUGACACCGGACAUGCCAUAGGGUCAGAGACUUGGAUCGACUAUCUCCGCUCCACAGGGCGCCGCAAAGAUCUCAUCGAGAACUCUUUGCAUAUUGAUGAGGCUUUGGUCAACUCGAGUGAUUCCAAAAUGAGACGCAGAUCAGUCACGAUCUCCAACUCAACGGAGCACACAAUGCCUCUGUCCGCAUGGAAGAUCCAAAAUUCAGCUGGGGAAUUCCAAGCCCUACCGCCUGAUGCAGCGUUGGGUGCUAUGAAAACGCAAACUUUCGAGAUUCCGCAUUGCCCUCUUUCGAAAAUAGGUGAUACUAUCACACUGGUGAAUGAUGAAGGACUUAAAGUUGAUGGGGUGAGUUACCAUGCUCAAAAAGGGGGAAUGGAACUUCAAUCUGUUGUUUUCGCUCAUUAA